AUGGUUGAAGAAGCAAUACAAGCAUUGAAGGAUCGAGCCCAGGCAGACGUCGCAGAGAAGAAAAAAGAAUUCGCCAAGUUUAAGAAGGACGGAGUGCCCACGACGCCCGAGUUCCGCGAGCGGUGUAUUGAGGAAUUCCAAAACUUCUUUUGGGGGAUUGCUAUGCGACUUGCCGAGUUCACCGGAUGUCAUGUCUUUUGCAUGAUCGGUGGACCCAGGCCCCUCGCUCGGGGGCCGACCUACUUCGGUGCGAACCAGGCACCUUCCCCAGUGCCGUGGCCUGCUUGGGACAAGGAGCGAUUCCAAAAAAUGAUCGACUUUUGGAUGGAGUAUCUGGAGACAGCCUUCACUGAAGAGCAAAAGGCCGAUGCCGCUCUGCCGAAGAAGACAGACGGAUUAGAUGGGUUGAUCUCUAUGAAUGACGAAACCCAGCAUGUCGACUUCCUCCAAGUUACCGAGUCGGACUUGGACGGUGUUGACAGUGGUGAUGACGAAGUCACGUCCAGCCUUCGUAAAAAGCGUGAUGUCAAGGCAAAGGAGAAGGGGAAGGGGAAGGAGAAGGCAAAGGAGGGGAAGGGGAAGGAGAAGGCAAAGGAGAAGGCUCAAGAGAAGCCAACACCCUCGACAAAAGCCAAAGCUUCAACCUCGAGGAAGGCGCCAACUGUCAAGAAAGCCAACAAAAGCGCUGGCAUCGCUGGGCGAGGCCCAGGUAGUGAUAUCGAGACCUCUGAAGGUUCAGACAUCAAGUCGUCGCAAUCGUUGGCUGCUAAUAGAGCUCGGAGGGAGAAGAAAAAGGGGAAAUCUAUGAUGCCGGAUUUGCAACCGCCUCCAAUUCCUCCCGUUGUUGUUCCUCCUCCUAUUGGCAUGCAACCGCCGCCUCCAAGUCCUCCUGUCGGCUCGCAACCGCCCCCAAUUCCUCCCGUUGUUGUUCCUCCUCCUAUUGGCAUGCAACCGCCCCCUCCAAUUCCUCCUGUCGGCUCGCAACCGCAUCCUCCCGUUGGAAAUCAACCUCUUCCCCCAACUGAUGCGCCGGCAUGGUUCCACGAUCUACACAACGAGUUGAUUAGGAUGGAAGCGGGCCCGCAAUAUCACCACAUGUUGCGACUGCUGGGGCAACUAGAAAGGGCCUAUGGCUGGAUAGACAAACAAGCAUCACUGUCUAAUGUUGAUCGACCUAGCCAGGUUGCGGCUUGGUUCAAACGAGCUCGGAAGUGGACGGCGGCCAACGAUGACAUUCGUAUUAAGGAUGUGGCUGCUUUUGCGACCCAAUGGCGAGUGUGGUGGACUCGACGCCAGCCCACCUGGCGCAAGGGACCCGCCGGAGAACUUUUGCGGGGUGGCAUCGGAUGGUCGAAGUUGGGGAGAUCUUGCGUUGCCAGGCAAGAGCGGAAUCUGCCCUUGUCGAAGUUGUGGGAGGAGGCAACUGCGGAGGUGACCUGGGUGCUGGAAAAUCUUGUCAAAGAUGCUCCAACAGAGAUUAUCCGACUCCGUGCUGACUGGCAGCAGCAGGAAGCUAAUGGACAAGGCAAGAAGGGAAAACGUAAACUGUAG